AUGUGCAGCGAGACCCAACGGAAGCGCAAGCGCGGCCGCCGCCCCAAGAUCCAGCCGUCGGAGACCGCGGUGCUCGACAGAAACAACGACGCAGGUGGGUCUCCGCGCGCGGCUUCCGCCGCUGCCGACAACGACGCCAUCUUCUCCGUCAACAGCGUCGAGCUCAUCCAGCCCGCCGCUUCCCCUCCUCCAUCUGACCACCGCGGCCGCCGACGCGGCCGCCCACGCAAGAACUCAAACCCAGAAAUUCCCACCUCCGCGGCUGCCGCUGCCAAUGGCAUAACCCUAACCGCGACGGUUUCGGCAGGUGUGGCUCGAGGUGUGCCGGCCAUGGACGCGGUGGUGAAGGUAUUCUGCGUUCAUACCGAUCCGAACUUCUCCUUGCCGUGGCAGAGGAAACGACAAUAUAGUUCGAGCAGCAGUGGGUUUGUCAUCAAGGGAAGGAGGGUUCUAACGAAUGCACAUUCUGUCGAGCACUUUACGCAGGUGAAGUUGAAGAAGAGGGGUUCUGAUACGAAAUACUUAGCUACGGUCCUUGCUAUUGGGACGGAAUGUGACAUUGCUUUGCUAACAGUGGAUGAUGAUGAAUUCUGGGAAGGUGUGUCCCCUGUAGAAUUUGGAGAUCUGCCUGCACUUCAAGAUGCUGUUACAGUUGUUGGUUAUCCAAUUGGUGGGGAUACAAUCUCUGUAACAAGUGGUGUGGUCUCUCGGAUUGAAAUCCUUUCUUAUGUUCAUGGAUCAACUGAACUUCUAGGAUUGCAGAUAGAUGCUGCUAUAAACUCUGGCAAUUCUGGGGGACCUGCUUUUAAUGACAAGGGAAACUGUGUUGGUAUUGCAUUCCAAUCACUCAAGCAUGAUGACGCGGAAAAUAUUGGUUAUGUAAUACCAACACCUGUUAUUAUGCACUUCAUCAAAGAUUAUGAAAAGAAUGGAAGAUAUACAGGAUUUCCCAUCCUCGGGGUUGAGUGGCAGAAGAUGGAGAAUCCAGACUUGCGGUUGUCCAUGGGGAUGAAAUCUGACCAGAAGGGUGUACGCAUAAGAAGAGUGGACCCCACUGCUCCAGAGUUCCAGGUCUUGAAACCAUCAGAUAUCAUCCUCAGAUUUGAUGGUGUUGAUAUUGCCAAUGAUGGAACAGUUCCAUUUAGGCAUGGAGAGCGCAUAGGCUUUAGUUACCUUGUUUCACAGAAGUAUACUGGAGAUAAUGCUGUAAUUGAAGUUCUUCGUGAUUCUAAAAUUCUGAAGUUCAACGUCAAGCUUCGUACUCAUAGAAGGCUCAUUCCAGCUCACAACAAAGGCCAACCUCCCUCAUAUUACAUUAUCGCUGGCUUUGUUUUUACAACUGUUUCAGUUCCAUAUCUCCGUUCGGAGUACGGAAAAGAUUACGAGUAUGAAGCUCCAGUCAAGUUGUUGGACAAGCUCCUACAUGAGAUGCCACAAUCACCGGAGGAACAAAUUGUCGUUGUUUCCCAGGUUCUUGUGGCUGACAUCAACAUUGGAUACGAGGACAUUGUCAACACUCAGGUUCACGCUUUUAAUGGUCAGCCCGUGAAGAAUCUGAAGAGCUUGGCUAGAAUGGUGGAGAGCUGUGAUGAUGAAUAUUUGAAAUUCGACUUGGAAUACCAGCAGAUUGUCGUUCUACAAACAAAGAAUGCGAAAGCGGCUACUUUGGAUAUUCUUGCUACCCACUGUAUUCCAUCAGCCAUGUCGGAUGAUCUCAAGGCGUGA